AUGAGAGAGAGCAGAUUACUUGCAGCGUACGAUAGCCUGACGGAUAAACACCUAACUGGCUAUUUUAACAACACGAGGAUAAGGCGGCAUCUCUUGAGAUCAGGGCUGAUCACAAGAAGUGGCAGAAUACUUUCUGAAAGAGAAUACAAGCUGAACAUCAUGAAGCGAGAUCACCAAAAAUAUAUCCGGGAGUGCCUAGCCCAGGCCAUUUUCCAUAAGGUUCUUGAUAUGGAGCGUUACCAUCAGCUGGAAGUAAAAAAGAAAUUGGAGACGUUAGCUAGAAAAGAGAGAAUUCAGAGAUUUAAGGGAGAACACACAAGGCGGUUUAUUGAAGAUAACAUGCCACGCCUAUCUCCUCGCCCCCCACUUGGCCCAAGGACUAAUCGUGGCCAUAAUGUUCUGGUUGAUGAAGGACCUUCUAGUCCAUUAGCACUGACAGACCCUCGACCAUAUACCGCCCCAGGAAAUAUGCAGCCUCCAAUUCGAUUGCAGCCUCUUCCCCGGAAUCCUGCAGUGGAAACUGUUCCAAAGAUGACUUCAGGGUCCAGAUCAAAACACUCGUUGCUGGAAAACACAGCUCCAUUUCCUAUUGGGGGCAGGAAGGCAGUGAUGAAGUUCAGGAACUCCGGAGGCAAUUCCCAGAGAAUGGACCUGAACCGACUUCCAAACAUUAGCGGCUACAUGAUGCCCAUCCCCCCACCGCCUCCUCCCCCAAAUGGAAGAACCACGAGAGAAAAUCGAUCUGAAGCGUGGAGAAGGAGAACGUUCCGUCCCACCACUGCUCCCAAUGGCUUCCAGCCGGUCUUUGCCAGGGAAUCAAGAAGUAUUUAUAAACCAUCGCCACAUAGUAACGCGGCUAUUACAAUGAUCUAUUUGGGGAAAAAUGUACACCUAGCUUAUGAUAACCCAGACUUCCGGGAUGAAAUAAAAGUUUAUCAACAGCACUGUGGUGGGGAAAAUCUUUGUGUCUACAAAGGCAAACUACUUGAAAAAGAGACCUUUCAGUUUAUUUCCAAAAGGCACCAUGGUUUUCCCUUCAGCCUCACCUUUUUCCUCAAUGGGAUACAGGUGAACAGGUUAAGCUCCUGCUGUGAAUAUAAGCACCGAAAAGGUUCCAGACUCGGAGGCAAACGAGGAUACUUUGGAUUUGUGUGUGUUGAGAGAUCAUCUCCUUGCUACAAGUGCAUUAUUGCAAUGGGCCUUGACAAAAAGCCAACUUCAGCAAAACCUAAGAAAGAAAAGAGCAUUGAGAAAAGAGAGGAGCUGAAGAAGGGUGAGAGGAGAGUGAGGAAGGAUGGAGAGAACAUGACACCAAGGAGAAAUGAGAUCAAGGGGGACAAAACCUGUGUCUCAGACAUUUUUUCAGCUCAAGAAAUAAAAACAGGGGACAGAGAAGUGGUAACUGCUAUGGAAGAAAUGGAGCGUAAAGAAAAACCGAGACCAGAUGUUUGGGACAAUGAUCAGGACAAUACUUUAAAAUACGACUACGAAGAAGAUUUCGAAGUAGAGGAGGAGAAACAAGAUGAGAAAGAUAAUGAGGAAGGAAAGGCCGGGGAGCGAAUGAAUGGAACGUCAAGGUCACCGUCAGACGACGAAGAAGAUAAUUUAGACCCCGAGAAGGAGAGGGAAGCCUCAUCAUGGAAGGCACCCGACGCCCCCGACGUGGUGGAAGAAGAGGAUGACGGGGGCUCUGACAGUGACUCAGAAGAGGAGCAACAAGGUAUAAAAAUAACAUCCGUAGUCUCAUUCAGAAGUCAUCGCUAUUCGAGUAGCAGCGAGGAUGAGUCUCCACUGCAAGACAGGGACAUCCACACAGAAAACAGCACAGAAGAAAGUUCCAGAAGUUCAUCUCCCCAGGAGCUGAGUGAAAAUGAGGAGCUGGGACAAUCCCACCUUCUGAUUGAGGAAUCCUUAGAAACUGAAACGGAAGACCAAAGAGUAACAAAAGCAGAUGUGGAGACCAAAUCUCUGCCGAUAGAGGAAGACUUUGAGAACAUUCGUGAGGAAGAAAUAGAGAGAGGAAUCCCAGAGAUUGCAGAGAGUUUAUCUGAGAAGUCCAGGAAACAGGCGUCUGCAGGAGAAAAGGAGGAGAAGAGUAAGCUUUGGGAAGGAAGCAAUUCUAAGGUGAAGGACAAAAAGGCAGGUUUCCUUGGGGUGGAGACAGGUGUUGGACAGAUAAUAACUGAAGCCGUGGCAUCGGGCUGCCACAGCCACUGUUAUGACGACGAGUCUGGUGUUAGCAGUGCAGACGAGGAGUGGAAGCCCUGGAGGGAGCUGCAGAUUGACACGGGUGGAGCAACCGAAAGAGAUUCAGUGGUGGAGGAAAGGCCGGCACGGAGCUCAAGCGAGGAGCCCCCACAAGUUGCCCAGGAGAUGUCUGCCCUGGGGAACAGAGAAACCGCGGAGGAAGGCGCAGCUCCGGGGCGCAGGGCCGCCGCGCUGGAGGAAAAGGGGGCCGCAGGGCUGCGGGGCGAAGGGGGAGUGCCGGAGGUUCCCACGGGGGACGGAAAGGCGACCGCAGAGCCGCCAGCCCUAGCAGAACAGCCUCCAGGGGAAAGCGGCGUUCCUGCAGGCCCAGCCAGCCGGGCCCAGGCCGGGGCGAGAAGGCUGGGUACGCAGCGGCGGAACCCCACAGGGGGAGCGGCAGCAGGAGACACUGUGGGUCUGAAGGAAGAUGAGGCUUCUGCAAAGCAGGCCUUGAUGCCAACAGUGCUGGAGCCCGAAGGGGCGGCCUCGGAAAGGGAACAGGCUCCCGACGCCGCAGCAGUUGGGAACAAGCAGGCGGCCCCGGACUGGAAGCGUCUCCAGGAGGCAGCGUCCCUGAGAGACGCGGGGACCCCGGAGAGGAGAGAGGCCGGGACCCCGGAGAGGAGAGAGGCGGGGACCCCGGAGAGGAGGAGAGAGGCCGAGACCCCGGAGAGGAGAGAGGCCGGGACCCCGGAGAGGAGGAGAGAGGCCGAGACCCCGGAGAGGAGGAGAGAGGCCGAGACCCCGGAGAGGAGGAGAGACAAUGGGGAGGAAGCGCCUGCGGACCCGGCGGACGCGGGGAGAGAGGCCGGGACCCUGGAGAGGAGGAGAGAGGCCGAGACCCCGGAGAGGAGAGAGGCGGGGACCCCGGAGAGGAGAGAGGCGGGGACCCCGGAGAGGAGAGAGGCCGAGAGAGCGGCCGCUGGAAGAGAGGCGCGCCCUGCAGAGGGGGCUGCAGGGGACAAUGGGGAGGAAGCGCCUGCGGACCCGGCGGACGCGGGGUCCUGGGGAGACACAGCACCCCGCCCUCGGAAGGGCUCUGCAGAGGCGGCCCUCGGAGGGGAGAGGAAGCGAGUCGCGAGAACAGGGGCACCAUCCAGCCUCUCCGCAGCAGAGGCGGGGCCCAGCGGGACCCUGGUCCCAGGGGGCCGCCCUGAAGACCUUUGUAAGGAAGAUGCUGAAAAGGAGGACACUGCGACCGAGCCAGAACCAAAGACGGAGUAUGACGAGAAGGAAAAGUUACCCCAGGGAUUAGACGAAGCAAGAGAGAGGAGGAGAUCCGGGGGGCCGAGGACGCCCCUGGACGAAGGUGGACGUGCGGGAGGACAGGAGCCCCGGGUGGGCGCCCCUGAGGGCCGGGGUGCUGCAGAGGAAACGCAAGAGCUCGAAGGAGGGAAGACCGAGAAGGAAGGGGUGUCUGAGGAAGGGACAAACGCCCCCCACAAUGGAGCGCAAUCUGGGGCUGAGAAGGAAGCACCGGUGACGGCGUCUGCGUCGUCUGAAGAUCCAGGGCUUCUAGAAGAUUCACUGGGAGAAAGAGGGGUGAGCGUGUUCGAAGCGACAGCUGGAUUUGAAAAGUCACUGGCAAACGUGACAGCUCUGAGGAAGGACUGGAAAGUGGGGAGACUGAUGGCAGCGGGAGACGCGCAGCCCCGAAGCGGGGCUGGGCCGCGGGGCGGGCAGGAGGCGGCCCCAGCCGAGUUGCGACCUGGCCGGGGAUUAGGAGCUGCAGGUGCACCUGCGGGCGGGCUGGGGGGACCGCAGCCCCCCGACCUGCACACCCCCAGCCAGGCGCACGAGCCCGAGGCCGAAGACCGAGAGCACCUCGCGAGUCUAGGGGGGAGAGGUGCGGGAGAAAGAGCGGGGGUCGUCAGGACCCGGGAGGACGCUCCUGGGGCAGGUCCCACGACGGCAGGACGGUUGAGGGAAGAUCCAGGCCAAGGAGGAGCCUCUGCCCAAGCCCCUGCAGGGGCGAGGGAGGUGUUGGCAGGUUCCAAGACAGCUGAGGGGAAAGCAACAGCAAAUAAAGCCUCCUCCCUGUCAGAGGUCUCGGGGGACGAAACCCAGCGUGGAGAGGAGGAGGUACCCGGCGCAACUGCAGAGACGGUGGCGGUGGAGGGGACAGCGCUGAGCCCGGAGCCGCAGCCAGCGGUGCAGGAGGCGACAGUGACGCCUGCACCAGAGGGUGGCGAGGGAGCUCCCCGAGAACAGGGGGCCCUGGAAGGGAAGGCCUCAGGGCAAGGAAAGGACCAAGAAGCAGGGACAGCGCACGAGCGUGGGGGACAGGAGUCAGGCACAGGGGAAGAGUCACCAGAGAAGCAGACAGCCCCCGGCGGAGAGCGCCCACAGGCGGUGGCAGCACAUCCCAGGAAGCCGGAUUUCGCUGGAAGCCAGGAGGAGCCAGAGCAUACGGUGAACGGAGAAAGUGAGGGUGCAGCUGCCCCCCUGAACCACUAG